AUGCGGCAGCUCCGACGGACACUAUUCACAUCACGGAGCUUUGAGUUAACUUUUAUAAUAACUUUGCUAUAUGUCAACAUCCGUUUCCAACGCUACCCACGACCGAAAUGUUACGUGAAGGACUUUUUCAACAACGCGAUCGAAUCUGUUCCUGACAAAGCUAAAUUGGUCAAUUAUUGCAGUGGCAACAAUUUCCACCAUGAUGCGAUAAACAAACUGUAUGAGUUACACUGCUACAGCUCCGACUACCGUGUGCGGGUUUCGGUGAGUUUGUACGUGGCAUCGCGUUUCGUAGACGAAUAUGGGGGACAAGUCAUUCUGGACGAGAUGACUCGUCUCAACACGUCACAGUAUCGUCCGUUGCUUUGA